AUGAUUUUCUUACGUUCUAUAGUGAUAAGCCCUAAAGUCACAUGGAAAGCACAGUACAGGUCAGGGAAAAUGUAUUACAACAACGGUUAUCUUACAGUAGGAAUAGACGGUGUUUACUUUGUGUAUUGCCAAAUGUUCUACUACGAUGGAACAAGUUCAUACAUUGGCUAUGAAGUGUACUUGGAUGGCAAAAAGAUUCUCAAAGCAGUUCACAGUAUUGUCAGCAAGAACCGAAAAUAUGAAACUCAAUACACAAGUGGUAUUUUUGAAAUAUCAAAAGGUCAGAGGAUCUCCGUGGAAUCACCAUUCUCAAAGUAUUAUUAUUUCAACGAAACAUUGUCCUUUUUUGGUGCAUUUAUGUUACACGAAAAACCAACAUAA